ACACCUCACCAUACAUUCAUUAUUAUUGUUCAAAGUCACCCCUCUCAAUCUCUGGUUCUUUACUGGUUGCAUCUAAUGAUUUCUAACAUACAAACAUGCACGAUGGACGGCUCCCAAAACAUCGUCAGAUAGGAAGUAGUAUUUAUACUUCAUUUUUGCACAUAGGAAAUAGACAUAUUUGGUCAUCGCUCAUGGCAUGAUUUUAUCGGUAAAUGGUUCAUAGAUGCCCAAAGUACCAAACCAUAUAAAUACUAAUCAAGCUUAGCGCUUUGGAGAAUUUUCAGACUUCAUGAAUUCAUCACAAGCUGUAUCAAAAACAAAGCACUUCCUCAACUGGCACCAAUGUAGCUCACUCUUGCACCAUUACGCCACCACCAAAUCCCUCUCGAAGACCAAGCAGCUCCAUGCCCACACCAUCACCUCCGGCCUCCUCUCCCCCGACUACCCUGCCCACCUUGUCUCUCUCCUCACCACAACAUAUGCCACAUGUGGGCAAGUAUCUUACGCGCGUAAGCUGUUCGAUGAAUUGCCUCAGAGAACCUUAUAUUCAUAUGACAGGAUGAUAAGACUGUACACCAACAAUGGGUUAUCACGGAACGCACUCCAACUUUUUAUCGAAAUGCUUGAUACGGGUCAUUGCCUGCCCAACAAAUACACUUACACAUUUGUUAUUAAGGCGUGUGGUGAUUUAUCUUUGCUUGAAUUGGGUGGUUCAAUUCACGGGUUGGCAAUUACGAGUGGGGUUCAUUCGGAUACUUUCGUGGCGAAUUCUUUGUUGGCAAUGUACAUGAGUUGUGGGAAGAAGGAGAGGGCUAAGAUGGUUUUUGACACAAUGUGGGAGCGAGGUGUGGUGUCGUGGAACACUAUGAUAAGUGGGUAUAUUAAAAAUGGGUGUGCUGAUGAAGCUUUGAUAAUUUUCAAUAAAAUGGUGGAUGCAGGGGUGGAGCCAGACUGUGCCACCGUGGUCUCUGUGUUGCCUGCUUGUGGAAUUUUGAAGGACUUAAAGUUUGGAAGAGAGGUUCAUAAACUGGUGGAAGAGAAGGGUUUGGGUUUCAAAAUACCUGCAAGGAAUGCUUUAGUCGAUAUGUAUGCAAAGUGUGGUAAUAUGAAUAAUGCGCGAUCUGUUUUUGAUAAGAUGAAGGAGAGGGACGUAGUGACAUGGACUGCCUUGAUCAAUGGCUAUAUUUUGAAUGGCGAUGUAAGAAGCGCUCUAGUGCUAUGUCCAUUGAUGCAAUUAGAACGAGUAAGUCCCAAUUCAGUAACUGUGGCUUCUCUUCUUUCAGCAUGUGCCAGCUUAAACCAUCUAAAGCAUGGCAGGUGCUUACAUGGGUGGGCAAUAAGACGGAAACUUGAAGCUGAUGUCAUUGUAGAAACUGCUUUAAUUGACUUGUAUGCGAAAUGCAAUUGCAUUGAACUCAGCUUCCGAGUGUUCACAAAAACUUCGAGAAAGAGAACAGUACCAUGGAAUGCAAUUCUUUCUGGGUGCAUUUAUAACGGGCUUACCAAAAAAGCAGUCGAACUUUUUAAACAAUUGCUAUUUGAAGCAGUAGAACCCAAUCUUGCAACCUUGAAAUGCCUCCUUCCUGCUUAUGCCAUUCUAGCAGAUUUGCAACUGGCAAUGAAUGUACACUGUUACCUGAUAAAGUCGGGGUUCAUUUCUAUUGUUGAUGUUGCCACCGGUUUGAUGGAUAUUUACUCAAAGUGUGGAGGUUUAGAGGUUGCACACGAAAUCUUUAAUGGCAUUCCUGUGAAGGACAAGGAUAUUAUUUUGUGGAGUGCAAUAUUGGCUGGUUAUGGCAAGCAUGGGCAUGGUGAGGUUGCCGUUUCUCUUUUCAAUCGGAUGGUUCAAUCCGGGGUGAAACCAAAUGAUGUUACUUUUACUUCUGUUUUGCAUGCUUGCAGCCAUGCUGGUUUGGUGGAUGAGGGUGUAAAUUUGUUCAAUUACAUGCUUAAAGUUCACAAAAUGAGUCCUUGUGCCGAUCAUUACACUUGUCUUGUUGAUCUCCUUGGUCGUGCAGGUCGGUUGGAGGAAGCUUACGAGUUAAUUAAUACAAUGCCAUUCAAAGCUAAUCAUGCUAUUUGGGGUGCAUUGCUUGGUGCUUGUGUGAAACAUGAGAAUAUUGAGCUAGGAGAGGUGGCUGCGAAGUGCCUUUUUGAGCUAGAGCCAGAGAACACAGGAAAUUACGUACUAUUGGCUAAAAUUUAUGCUGCAGCAGGACGGUGGAAAGAUGCAGAGAAUGUGAGGCAUGUGAUGAAUGAAAUUGGAUUAAUAAAAGCACCAGCUCACAGUUUAAUUGAGGUCAGAAACACGUAAAAUGUGAGUCUCUCUGCUGCUAACAGAUAAAAGCCUCAGCUACAAGGGAAUCCCCCUAAAGUGCUAGCAGAAAAAACGAGAGCUCCUAAAAAGUGGAAAGUAGUGUCAGUCACCAAGCGAGAGAGUGCUUAAUCAUAGUAACUACAGAUGCCCAUUCAUGAAAGAUUGGAUUUGACAGAGCAAAAAGCUUGUCCCAUUAGUGGAGUCUAUGAUUGUGAAAGUUCAAAUUUGAGCAGGGAAGGCCCAUAAGCAGUUCAAUUAUGAAUGCAAGGAAUCUACAUACAGUGUUGUCAAUAUCUAUCAGCCCCACAAAGCAGCAUUCUGCACACCCUACCUUUCCCAACUCUGGAAGAAGAGGAGUUUCAUUUAUAGAAGCAUAAUCAUCAUUCGGAAACCAUAAUUAUUUGUUCGUAUGCCAUGGAGGGUGGUACAACAACUACAAUGACAUUCGUGUUCUGCAAUCGUUUUCAAACGAGCUACACAUCGGUGCAGGGGGUGGUGCAGGGGGUGAAUUAUUUAUCCGAUUGGACCGCCCUGAUCAGUGGCUUAAACAUUGCUAUACACCAAAAACUGUAGCUCUGUAUGGUGGAUCAUGAAUUUGUAUGUAUCACUAUGUCAUUGAUAACGCGGGUAACUUUAUUUACUCCAA